AUGCCCAAUGAACCUGACAACAUGAAAUCCAAUUUGUCAAAAAACAAUACCACAAAGAGAGCAACAGCAUUGUACUGCAACACAUAUAUAGACGGAGAUUUGGACAUAGAAAUAACACAAGCAUUGAAAGCUAUUAUGGUUAAUGUUAAUGGAGAAAAAAGAAGACCAUUAGGAGCAAUAACUAAAAUUCCUUUAAAAAUUAAUAACCACAUAAUUCCUUUUGACAACAAAUCUUUAAAUACAGCAACAGAAAUAGCAUUCACAACACUUCUUAAUGAUAAUGGAUUUUGA